UUUGCAUGCUUAAAUGAUGCAAUAAUUAUUGGGCAUCAGUCAGUAUUAACGUGAGCGUGGCCCGACGCGUGUGUUAUAAAAAUUGUGACAAGUUUGUAAAAUGGAUAUAUUCAGUUCGGAUGAAAAUAGUUACGCUCCUUGCACAUUAGAUGCAAUUGAAACGCUGUCCAUUUUUAAAUCAUGGGAGUUAAAUGAUGAUAUUUGCUCCAUUCUUGUGGACUACGGAGUGACAUCAACGAUAAUUUUAACAAAAAUGGAUUGGGAAGAUAUCGACUGUUUAUUUGAAAAGCUUCCAACAAAAUUACGAAAUUAUUACGAAAAGAAGUGCUGGCUGCAGAAUAAUUGCACACCAUGGGAACAGGUUAUUGAUUACUGGAAGGAGACAUCUGGUCAAAGAAUUAUGGAUAUCCAUAACGCCAGUUCUUUAAGCUGCAUUUUUAGUGAAUGGCCGCGCUAUAAGGACUUUCGUGGAUAUGAACUUGUAGAAAUAGACUUUGCGACUCUUUACUCCGGGAAAGGAAAUAUGUUAUUUUUGAAAUUGGAGAAGUUUUAUAAAGAAAUCCUCAAAAUUUUUGAUAGAGAUAUAAAAGACCGUGUUUCAAGGGAACUAUUCUUAAAGUAUUUGCACAUUGACAACGUCUCAAAUGAAUGUAAAUAUUGUAUAAGUACAAUUCUUCUACAUGCUUUGCCUUUGAGGCUUAAUAAGGACAAAAAACCAACAAUAGCUGAUGCCCAAACAGAUUUCGUAACACUCGGUGCAACACGUAAUGAUAUUCAACCCACAAUAAUUGAAUUGAAGAACCAGUUUGCGGUAAGAAAGGAGAAACUACAGCCGAGAAUUAUCGUCGUUGGAUCAGAUUGGUCAUCCAUUUCAGAGUUUUAUGUUUUUUGCGAUGGUCUGCAAUGGAAAUGUACUACGUAUAUGAAGUGCGUUGACUGCAUUAUUAAACUAUCGUACGUUUAUAAGAUAGAGUAUUCACAAAGAAGCAAGCAAGUAUGGGCAUUUUUAGAACAAUAUUUUUUUGAGUUGAAAUCCGAAGAAUUUUCUUCAGUGGCAAAUCUUUUGAGUAAAUUAAACUAAUUUCGUCUAAUUUUGCUAUAAUGCCCAAUUUUGCUUGUUUCAUUUGUCAAAAAGCUCACUUAAAUCCUAUAGAGCUGAUUAAA